AUGUUCUUGUGGCAGUCAUUAAUUGGACAUUUUGACCUGGACCCGAAUCGCGUAUUUGACAUUGUCUUGGAAUGUUUUGAACUCUAUCCAGAUAACAAUAUAUUUUAUCAGCUUAUACCUCUUUUUCCAAAGUCCCACGCUGCUCAAAUUUUGGGGUUCAAGUUCCAAUACUAUCAACAAUUGGAUGUAAACAGCCCUGUUCCAUCUGGCCUUUUCCGAAUAGCAGCCUUGUUGGUCAAAUCUGGUCUUAUUGACCUUGAUAAUCUCUAUGCUCAUUUACUUCCAAAUGAUGAUGAGGCAUUUGAGCAUUUUGGCUCUUUUGUUUCGAGGAAAAUUGAUGAGGCUACUAAAAUAGGCAAAAUAAAUCUUGCUGCUACUGGAAAGGACCUUAUGGACGACGAGAAACAAGAAAUAACGAUCGAUUUGCACACAGCAUUGGAGAUGGAAAAUGAUAUAAUUGAGGAGAGAGCCCCUGAGAUAGAAAAGAACCAGAAGCUUGGACUUCUUCUUGGUUUCCUCUCUGUUCAUGAUUGGGACCAUGCACAGCUACUCUUUGACCGUCUUGCACAGCUAAAUCCUGUUGAGCAUGUUAAAAUUUGUGAUGGCUUACUUAGAAUUAUUGAGAAGACUAUUUUGCCAGCCUACAGUACAUAUUGUCAAAUGCAUCAUAAAAUCUCCCGUAACAUUGACACUCACAUGACGGAUGCAUCAUCUGUCUCCUCACCAAGUUAUUUGGUUGAUCUGCCAAAAGAGUUUUUCCAAAUGCUUGCUGCCUGUGGACCAUACCUUCAUCGUGACACACUAUUAUUUCAGAAGGUUUGCAGAGUGCUAAAGGUGUACCAUGCCUCGUCAAAAGAUUCAGCCCGUACAGCAGGCAUAAUGUCUCCAGAAUCUCGUAUUGAAGAAGCACUUGGAUUAUGCUUGCUUCCUUCGUUGCAGCUUAUACCCGCCAAUCCUGCUGUUGAUAUGGAGAUAUGGGGAGUUCUUUCCCUUCUUCCUUAUGAGGCACGCUACCGUUUGUAUGGUGAGUGGGAGAAGGACACUGAGCAAAACCCAAUUGUCCUUGCUGCAAGGCAAACAGCAAAGCUGGACACCAGAAGGCUCUUAAAGCGGCUGGCCAAGGAAAACCUGAAGCAGCUUGGCCGCAUGGUGGCUAAACUUGCUCAUGCAAAUCCAAUGACUGUACUUCGGACCAUUGUCCAACAGGUUGAAGCAUACAGGGACAUGAUAAAUCCAGUUGUGGAUGCUUUUAAAUACUUGACUCAGCUGGAGUAUGAUAUCUUGCAAUAUAUUGUAAUCGAGCGCUUGGCUCAAGGUGGCCGUGAGAAAGUAAAAGAUGACGGUCUUAAUCUGUCAGACUGGCUUCAGUGUCUUGCAUCAUUCUGGGGACACCUCUGCAAGAAGCAUCUUUCCAUGGAGCUAAAAUGCCUUUUCCAAUACAUAGUCAAUCAACUAAAGAAAGGAUUGGGCACUGAGCUUGUUGUACUGGAGGAACUCAUUCAGCAAAUGGCAAAUGUACAGUAUACUGAGAACAUGACUGACGAACAGGUUGAUGCCAUGGCAGGGAGUGAAACACUGCGGCUUCAAUCUUCACUGUUUGGAUCAACACGGAACUAUAAGGUCCUGAAUAAGUCUACAAACAAGUUGCGGGAUUCUUUGCAUCCAAAAGAUGAACCAAAACUUGCAAUUCCUCUAUUACUGCUUAUUGCGCAGCACAGAUCCAAGAUUAUAAUAAAUGCAGAUGCCACAUAUAUCAAAAUGGUUAGCGAGCAGUUUGAUAGAUGCCAUGGGAUACUACUUCAGUAUGCCGAGUUUCUUUCAAGUGCUUUAACUCCAGCAACCUAUGUUCAACUAAUACCUCCCCUGAAAGAUCUGGUUUAUAAGUAUCAUAUUGAGCCAGAGGUUGCUUUUCUUAUAUACCGCCCAGUAAUGAGGCUUUUCAAAAGCGGUAAUGGUGGUGAGGCCUGUUGGCCUCUGGAUGGCAAUGAAGAAGGGGAGUCUGUAUCAAGUGAUGAUAUGAUCUUGCGUGGUGAUUCAUCUCAGAAGUUAAUCACGUGGACAGAUCUUCUUGAAACAAUCAAAACAAUUUUGCCAGCAAAAGCCUGGAACAGUCUUUCACCUGAGUUAUAUGCUACUUUCUGGGGUUUAACACUAUAUGAUCUUCAUUUUCCAAAAGAUCGCUAUGAUGCAGAAAUCAAGAAGCUGCAUGAAAAUCUCAAACAACUCGAAGAUAACUCAGAUAACUCUAGCAUUGCAAUAUCACGACGUAAGAAGGACAAGGAGAGAAUCCAAGAUUUACUGGACAAAUUGAACAAUGAAUCUGAUAAGCAUAAACAGCAUGUUGCAUCGGUGCUCCAAAGGCUUGCCCGUGAAAAGGAUAAAUGGCUGAGUUCCAGUCCCGAUGCACUGAAGAUCAACAUGGAAUUUCUCCAGCGGUGCAUAUAUCCACGCUGUGUUUUCAGCAUGCAGGAUGCUGUGUAUUGUGCUACAUUCGUCCAGACGAUGCAUUCACUUGGGACUCCACUUUUCAACACAGUGAAUCAUAUAGAUGUUUUUAUCUGCAAGACACUACAGCCAAUGAUCUGUUGUUGCACAGAAUAUGAGGCUGGCAGGCUUGGAAGGUUUCUUCAUGAGACACUUAAGACAGCCUAUUAUUGGAAGAGUGAUGAAUCAAUAUAUGAACGUGAAUGUGGAAAUAAGCCGGGAUUCGCUGUAUACUUCAGAUUUCCAGAUAGUCAACGUGUAUCUUAUACCCAGUUUGUUAAAGUUCAUUGGAAAUGGAGUGGAAGAAUUACCAAGGUGCUUAAUCAGUGUAUGGAAUCAAAAGAAUACAUGGAAAUCAGAAAUGCCCUUAUUCUGCUCACAAAGAUAACUAGUAUUUUUCCUGUGAUGCGAAAAAGCGGCAUCAACAUCGAGAAAAGGGUAGCGAAGCUAAGGGGGGAUGAGAGGGAAGACCUGAAAGUACUGGCCACUGGUGUAGCUGCUGCUCUGGCGGCUCGCAAGAGCUCAUGGCUAUCUGAAGAAGAGUUUGGCAUGGGUCACCUUGAUCCGAAGCCAGUGCCUGCAAAAACUAUUCCUGGAAAUCAGUCUGCAGACCCUACGACAGCAAAGGAUCACAUUGUUCGUGCAAAAUCUACUGAGGGUAGGCAUGAAAGGUCAGAAAAUGCAAUGAGGUCUGAUGCUCAACACAAGAAGAAUGCCUCGACUGCAAAUGGAUCUGAUAGUCAAAUACCAUCUUCCUCUGCACAAGGAAAAGUUUCAGGGGUUGCACAUGGUGCAGAUGAACCUCCAAAGCUUUUGUCUGAUGAGGGAGUCAAGGUUUUGAAGCCUACUGCAGAAUCUGAGACAAGAGGGCCACAGAAGCGUGCUGCACACAAUGCUGCAAAGGUAUCUAAGCAUGAUGCGGUGAAGGAAGAUGCAAAACCCGGGAAAUCAACCAGCAGAAGUCUUAAUCAACAAGCCUCUGCUAUUUCUGUAGACAGAGAAGUAUUGCCUCAGGCAGCUGAUGGUAUGUUGGAUACUAAAACUACUAGUCCCUUGGUUGGAACUAAUGGUAACGUACAUCCGGCGCCACGAAAGGUAUCAGCAUCCUCCCAAAGAUCAACGGCGUUGGCUGCACAUAUUGGUGGAACAGCUAAUCCUGCCAGCGAAGGUGAAUCUACUGACUUGAUUGAUUCUACCGUGAAACAGCAAAAAAGAUCUGUUCCUGUUGAAGAACAAGAGAGAACAGGUAAACGAAGGAAAGGGGAGUCUGAAGUCCGGGAUGGUGACUUAACAGAUCACCAUACAGACAAAGAAAAAAAGUUGGACUCGCGAUCGGUAGAUAAAUUUCGUUCUUCUGAUCAUGAGAGAGGUGCUAGUGAGGAACAAAACGUAGUUAGGGCAGAGAAAUUAAAAGAAAAGUUCGAUGAUAAAUAUGACAGAGAUCCUAGAGAAAAAGCAGACCGGAGUGAAAGGCGACGUGGAGAAGACGUGGUUGAGAAACCAACAGACAGAUCAUCUGAAAGGAGAGAGCGUUCUAUUGAAAGGAUGCAAGACAGGGGGAUAGACAGGGUUCCUGAAAAAGGAAGAGAAGACAGGAAUAAGGAGGAGAGAAGCAAAAUUAAGCAUGUUGAACCCUCUAUAGACCGGGCACAUACUUCUGACGAACGGUUCCGAGGGCAAAGCUUACCACCACCUCCACCUCUUCCAACAAGUUUUGUACCCCAAUCAGUCGUUGCCAACCGAAGAGAUGAAGAUGGUGACCGAAGGGGUGGCAGCACCAGGCAUACACAAAGGUUGUCUCCCAGGCGUGAUGACAAAGAAAGGUGGCAUGUGGAGGAGAAUGCUUCACUGCCGCAGGAUGAUGGGAAACAUAGAAGAGAGGAAGAUCUCCGGGAUAGAAAGCGGGAAGACAGGGAUGUUUCAUCAAGCAAGGUAGAUGACAGGGAUAGGGACAAAGUUAUGAAGGAAGAUAGUGACCCUAAUAGUGCUUCCAAACGGCGAAAGAUAAAGAGAGAACAGUCUACUCUAGAAGCUGGAGAAUAUGCACCUUCUGCUCCACAGCCUCCGAGCCUUGGAGCUGGUAACUCGCAAUCGGAAAUACGAGAGAGAGAAAGAAAGGGUGCUGUUUCACAGCAUCGGCCGUCACAUGCUGAUGACCUUCCUAGGUUGCAUGCCAAGGAUUCAACAAGCAAGACAAGUCGUAGAGAGGCUGACCAAAUGCAUGAUAGAGAAAGGGAAGAGGAAAAGCGGAUAAGAACUGAAGCAAAAAGAAAGCAUCGGAAGUAGGUUGUUGCGAGAAUUUUGAUCAUUCAGUUGGCAUCCUUGACAAGUUUUUCUUCUAGCGGGAAGAUCUAUGUGGGCAUAUUGAACCAUUCAGUGUGUAUGCCUCUAACUCCAUGGUUUCCUAGAAAGGUUUGCUGGGGCAGAAGGGGACACAAAAUCAAUCCUUCAGCUGUUGCUGUCCAGAUGCAAAUUCUUAUGAACCAUGUUGAGUGCAAGGAACAACCAUCUGGGCCGUAGUCGUUAUACACGUUGUCGUAACAUUAUAGCAUGGAAUGUGAGAAACAGAAAUCAUGUGCCAUUAUUAACUUGAGACAAAUUUGCUCUAGACAAGGAUGAGCAGAUGUUGGUCCAGCUAUUUUUGUAAUUCAUUUUGUACUAGCUGAAGGCGGUUUUGUUGUAACAGGCUUGAGUUUCCUUUUUUGCUCUGCCUAGGAAGAAUAGCAGUGGCCAGUGGGGACACAAUGAGUAGGUUGUACAUGUAUAGUUACAAUGGUCGGAUGAACAGUUCUGCUGUAGCUUUCACUUAGAUGGUAGCGCUACAUUUGAUGUGUGAUACAUUUUACAAAAUCGCAUUUGAUCUGUGAUACAUUUUACAAAAUCA